AUGCCUUCCACGUCGACUUCUGUUACUACAUAUCGUCCAGAAAUAGAAAUGGUUGACCUGAUCAAAUGCGAAACUCGAUCCACGUCUCCGUCCAUCAUUAGUGACAAUUCUGUGAAUGACUGCCCGUUAGAAGAGAGGCUGAAAUCUGAAAAUCAACUCGAAGUAUCGUUAAAUCUUCCCUUGGCAAGCGAUCAAGAGACUGAGAAUAUGGUCGCAUCAGCUGGAAGUACAUCGUCCAUUCGUCCCUCCAGUAAGAACAAUAGUACCAAUAACAGUAACGAGGAACCCUCAUCAGAGCCCCUUAUAGAAAGCCUGCCAUCGUCAGUACACGCUGAAAAAUUAGAAAUUGUAAGUAUCAGUAGUAUACAUGACCCAAACCCUUCAAAUGUCACAACUGUUAUAGAAGAUAUUGACCUCAACCGUCAGGAAAGUUAUACCAUUUCCAAAAAUAACCCUAAAAUUACGGCACCAACGUCAGUUGUCCCUACUACAACUUCUGAUGGUAAGAUUACUGACAGAGUUCCUACCAUUUCACCUGCCACAACAGCCAGCAUAGCCCUGACAGCCUUGUGCCAGUCAACUUUGCUUACAAGUAAUACCAGCAGCUGUAGAUUAGGAAAUUUGUCUUCUAAAUCCCAUAAACAGUCAGUUGAUGAAUUAGGAGUUGAUGAGCCAUCCCAGAAAAGGCUUAAGUCAAUUCCUCCAGAAUAUCUUGAACUCCACCAAGCAGUUUUGCUUUUGGAGAAAGAGAAACUACAAAUUGAGAUAGAAAAGAUGAAGCGUGAAGUAGUAAAUCAAGAAAAAAUGACAGAAAUUCUGGAUAUUGCCAAAGAUGUUUUUGUCUCAUUACGAGAAAAGAUAUGA